UUGAAGGACUUGCUUUGAAAACAAAUAUUCCAUGACCACUGGGUUUGGAAAUCAUGCCAUUUGCUGGAAAAGCUCCACAACAGCUACUAAGAUUUUCUGCUGGUUUUGAGGUCAAGAAUGAAGUUUGAAUGUCAAAGCCAUUUCAAAUAUUUUUCUACCCUGACAAGAAUGAAGAUGAGUACAUGUUCUUUUAUUUAUUUUUUCAUGUUUUUAAUGAAAAUAGCCAAAAGGGACAGUCUAACAUUUUAGUAUUGCACUUCCAGGAAGUUGGGGAAUUUUGGAGAGACAGAUGAACAGAAGAAUGGUCAAAAAUCAGUGCAGCAGAAGUCAAGAUAUCCUGCCUUUUAGACUAGUGUAGGUCAAACUCCCAAAAACGUGAAUCCUACACUUUCCAUAAUGUAACUCAAUAGCAUCUUUUGUGUUCCUGUGACUAGUAAAUUGACAUUAACAUGUAAAAUCAGAGGAGUGCCCCUUUAAAGACACUGAGUAUCUGCAUAAAAAACUGGAUAGCAUUUUAUGCUUAGGCCUAUCGGGAGUAGGUCGGCCAUGAGACCAGCUGUAAUUCUCCACCAUGUGCCAUGAUGAGCAGAGAGUCUGCUGGUUUCCAUACCAACCUGCCAUUACCUCAGCAUUAUUGUGCGAUGAUCAACACGGUGCCAGUGGCUAAGGUAUGGCCAGAGGUGGAGAGGGCGGACUCUUUGGCCCGCGGCGCGGCCCUGAAGUGGGCGUCAGGUGUUUUCUGUCGGCCUGAGCAUCUGGAGCGACUGAGCCAGUACAGGAAGAGAGAGAGUCAGAGGACUGCCUCCAUACACACCAGACUCAAGUCCAUGGUCCAGUCAUACCUGGAGGGGGUCGGCUGGGGUCUGGAGCAGCUCCGGGAGGCCAGGGCCGAGCUGAAGGAGGUGUCACACGUUUUGAAGAAAGCAGGACUGGAAUCAGAUGGAAACGCAGAGGGAGUGAAGCCUCUGGAGAGGCUGAGAGAAGUGUCUGUCAGCCACUGUCAGCUCCUCGCUGCUGUCAGCAACCUGCCACGACUUUACUCUGUGCGUAGCAUGGUGUUGGAGACUGAGCGUCUAGUGGAGUCCCGGCGACUUCUGGAGGCCCACGCCCGGCUGAUGGAUCUGGAGCGCUGGCAGGACGACAUCCUCUGGCAGCUCCACGGGGCUGCUGGGAUGGCAGGAAGUGCACUCAGCACAGAAGACCAGGAACUAGUGGCGAAAUAUUUCUCUGGUGUCGGGCAGCUGGUGGACGCCCUGGGUAAGGAGCUGUGGGCGGUGGUGAGCAGUGCUCUGGCUCUGGCCCGACAAAACCCCACACCAUUUGUAUCAGCGGUGAGGAUAGUGGAGCGGGAGGAGGCCCUGGACCAAGCUUUACUGGAGGAGAGGGGGGGGACCAGAGGCAGCAGGCCCCUGCCCCCAGGACGACCUCGCUGCUGGAGAGCAUGCUUCUUCCAGGUACUAGAAGAGGCGGUUUCAGCACGCUUUCGCAGUGUUUCCUACCUGCACACGCGUGGUCCGGGUCUAGCAGGCCACCUCUCUGCUCUCCAGCACGGUAUCAUGGCUGACCUGGCCACUGUACGCCACCUGUUGGAGCACUGCGUCCCGCCGCACUACCGGCUAACGGGAGCCUACCUGAGGGCCAGCCACCGCUGUUUACAUGCUCACCUGGCACAGGUUAGCAGCUGGGACCUGGAGAGUGGCGAAAUCUUCGCUGUGCUCAACUGGGUGUUACACAACUACAACAGCCCAGACAUGAUGGGUCAUCCAGAGCUGGUGACCGAAAUGGAGAAAGUAGAACUGGGACCUCUCAUCUCCACCGAGGGACUGGAGCAGCUGCAGAACAAAUAUGUGCAGAGUGUUCGGAAGAGUGUAUCAGAGUGGAUGCACAAAGCCCUACAGGUGGAGCUGCAGGACUGGCAGAGAGACCAGGAGCCAGAUACAGACCAUGAAGGUUUCUAUCAAACCAGCCUGCCCGGUAUCAUCACACAGAUGCUGGAGGAGAAUGCGCGGGUGGCUCUGAUGAUCGGACAGUCCCUAAGAGAUCAGACCAUACAGAUGGGACUGUAUGAGAUGGAGAACCUCCUAAACAGGUUUCGAGAAGCGUUGGUGGAAUUUGGGAAGGAGCAUCGCAGGGAUCCGAGCAACAACAAAAGCAAGUUCUACCUCCACUAUCUGCUGGCCUCCAUCAGCAACUGCAUCAUCCUCAAAAAGUCCACAGAGAGCCUGCAGCAGCAGCAGUCGUCCCGGUCGGCGGGACAGUUUUCUCGAACUCCUCCCAACCCACUGGCAGCUCUGGACCGAGCGGUGAGACGGGCAUGUCGCCUGGUGAUGGAUCAGCUCCUGCUGGACCUUAAGCCUUAUCUCCCAGGCCUGCUGACCCGACCCUGGAUGGUCCAGGGAGACCCCACCCCCAAACUCUGCCGCGUACUGGAGCAUCACCUGGAUUUGUACGGCCGUGUCCGACCCCCCUGCAGACAGCGUCUGCAGGAGGAGGCCCAGUGGCUGAUGGUGGUGGAGUACGUCAGGGCUCUGAUGCAGAAGAGGCUGGUGUGUCGCAGCGGCGAGGAGAGGAGGCUGCUCGCCCAGCAGAUGGUCCAGGACGACCAGCAGUUUAGAGAAAUCCUCCAUGGCCUGGAAGGGGAAGGGUCAGUACCUGAAGUGAAUCCUUUGGCCUUACUACCCGUCAUGGCUGACUUCAUCCGACUGAAAGACCCCGGCAUGCUCACUUUGGAAGUUUCUGGACUCGCAGCCAAAUACCCCGACAUAAGCGAAGAGCACGUGUCUGUACUGCUGGACAUCCGUGGUGAUGUCUCCAGGGACAUCAGAGGGGCUGUGCUGGACUUGCUGGAGCAGAGCGCCCCCCCUCUCCCUGCAGGAUACCGGCCCAUCUUCACUGACAUCCUGGUUCCUCACUCCACUAUGGCCUUCUGUCUGCCCACUGCCAAGUGUGCAUGACAGGGACUGAAAAUGUGGCCUGAACUCAGACUUUGGCCAUAAAAAUACAGGUAGAUCUGGUUCUCAGACAGAUCAUCAAGCCAGGUGCCCGUAUAGCUCAUUGUUAACAGACUGUUCCUGCUGAGUUUCUAGUUCUGGUGAUGGAUGGCCAGCCUGUGUUCAACUCUGCCUCUCGUUAAACACAUCAUUCAUAUUGGGAGUUGCCCAGUGCCACCAUCACUGUCUUCUUUUUUCCACUGAAGUAGAUUGAGGGUUCAGGGCCUUGCUCAAGGGCUCCUUAAUAUGGACUGAGCUAGGGGACAUUGACACCUUUUCAUUUCCUUCAUCUACCAUUUACAAGAGAUUUGAGCUGGUGAUUUUCUGGACCUCGCUUAACUAACCCAUCAACAAAACCAGUCCCAGCUGCUGGAAAAAAACAGCAGCUAAGCUUGGACUCAAAAUAAAUGGACCAAAAAACUAAAUUAUGCGGAUCAGCAACAAAAGCAUGAAUCCUAUAACAGUCGGGGACCAGCCACUGGAAGAUGUCGACAAAUUCACAUAUCUAGGAUGUGGAUGGUGGAACAGAGGAGGACAUAAAAUCAAGAAUCGGAAAAGCAAGAACAGCAUUCAAAUCAACAUACUGAACAAAAUCUGGAAAUCCAAAAAUAUUUCACGAAAGACCAAGCUCAAAAUCUUCAACUCCAACGUUAAAACAGCACUGCUGUAUGGAUCAAAAAUCUGGACGACCACCACUAACAUCAUCAACAAGCUGCAGACAUUCACUAAUCACUGUCGCAGCCUUGGGAUCUACUGGCCAACCACCAUCAGCAACAUCAACCUGUGGGCACGCACCAAACAAGAGACAGUAGAAGUACAGCUAAAAAAAGGAGAAAGUGGAGCUGGAUUGGACACACUCUAAGAAGCAAGACGGCAAUAACCAAGCAAGCACUGACAUGGAACCCACAUUUGUGGGUCUUCCCCUCAGAAGACCCACAAAAAACACCUGGAGAAGGAGCCCGCAACAAGAGUUCAAAAAGAAGGGACUGACAUGGAAACAACUGGAGAAGAUGGCCCAAGACAGACAAGGAUGGAACACUGUUCAUCAAUGGCCUAUGUUCCGCAAGGAAUACAAAGGCCAAAUGGAAAAAUGGAUGGAGCGGUCUAACUUUAGUUGAAACUCAUUUUUGGUACAUUUUGAAUUGAUGAGCCACACACAUAGCUAGACUGGUUACAAGGUAAAACAAUAUCUUCUACUCUGUCACAACUUGUGUCUCAGCGAUUCAUUCUACAGAUUUAACCGGACUUGAACAUUAAAGCUGCAGUAAGCUGCUUUUAACAACAAGCACAAUUGCUUAGAAACAGUCUCUUUAUCACUCAGAAAUCCUGAUAUGUACAUGACGUCAGUAAACUGCACACCAUCCCUCUCUGUGUGUGCCGACUUGAUGCUGUCAAAUGGAUGCUGCAGCUUUAAAGGGUCAAUUCUCUGUUCACCGUUAACAGAUUUCAAUGACAGUACGUCCUACUGAACAAAUGCUUUGAAUGCCAUCAGCAAAAUUCCUUCCACCUCGGCUGUAUUUGGGAGGCAGCAGUCAUUUUUGGAGGCAGAUAUCUCGAAACCAAAAAUAUUCACGUGGCUACAUAUUACUGCUGAAACAUUGUUUUUUCUGACUCGGGUCAACUGACACGUUAAGUGACGUCCAUCACACAACACAAUAGCACAAUAUUGGGGAUAAUUAAUCAGGAACUUGUGACACCUUUCUGAAUCCUGAUCAAUAAUUAAAAACACUGUCAGACAGCAAUACAAGAGCAAAAUCCUCCUGCAGCCUGUGAGAUAUUCAAGGUCUACUUGUAUAUCUUCUUUCUGAAUGUAUUCCAUUGUAAAGCUUGACCGUUCCUGCUGAAGAAACAAACAAUUGGAUUUUGAAUUGGCAAAUCAAUUUGUGUAUAUGAUGCAAUGUUUAUUUUGCGCUGAACUUAGGAAUCAGUGGUGUGAAAUGAAAUGUAUUUAUUUAUUUAUGCAGUUUUAAGUUACAGGGGCAGUGCACAUUAGUAGAUAUAUCUGUAAAUGUGCCAGUUUAAUACAUAGGGAUACAUUAAAACAGGAAUACUGUACAUAUAUAUAUUAAAGCACAUUUCAUAAAAACACAUUAAAUUCUUUGAACAAGGA